CCUGUUAGUUAAUAUCCCCAUUACUGUAUAAAAGUGUUUCCCUAGUUUUGUUAUACAAUAAAAAGCUAGGAAAAGAAAUUUUGACCAUAAAAAUAGAGGAAUAGGAAGUUGCUUGCUCGCCGUAUAAUAAUUUUAGUUCAUCCAAUCAUUCUUGUCUUAUUAUCCAAGUCGAAAAUUGUGAAAAAUAAAUGCAUGAAAAUGUGCUCGUCUUAAUUCCAUUGCCUCUGUAAAAACACUAAUUUGGCUCGUCCAGCUAAACGCUUUGAGCGACUUUAUAGUAAAAUAUGUCAAACUUUUCAAUGAAAAUGCCAGUUGGUGCCUCGAUAACACUAGAAGUGCUCAAUACCAGAAAUAUAAAUAGCAGCCUUCGUAUUGACUAUAAAAUUUUAUGCUUGCCUUCAGCAAAACUGCAAUUUAGGCUUAUGUGACUAUAUGGUAAAUAAAUAUGGAUUGAUUAAAAAUUCAUUUUUACCGCCGCUGAUAAUCAUAUUUAAUUAGUCUGUAUGCAGGCAAUCAAGUACGACAUAGAAACAGGCUUUGUUGUUGUUGACGCUUUGAAGUCUUAAUCAUUAAAUUGUUGCGGUGCAUUGUUUUGAUUGAUUGGUGGUUGAGUGGACUGUCAGAUACUCUUAUGUAGAUUUAUUAAUAUUCAAAAAAGUAGUUUUCUUUUUAAACGGUUGACCGCAUUCGUAAGAGUAAAAAAUAAUAAAUAAAGAAAAGAAAAACGUAAGAAAGACGUUUCUUGAAAACUUCGGUGGCAGUUUCUAGGUUUAAUGUUCGCUGCGGGCAUCCAGAGUAGUUUUCUAGAAGUCUAAGUAGUCGCUCUUCCACAGGCGAUGGCAUAUCACCGAGUAUAUUUCUGCUGAAAUAAAAAAAAACUCUUGCCUUUUAAAGGCAGUAAAACAUAUUUAGGACGGCAUCAACGCGUAAAUCAUAAAUUUCAGAAUAAACCUUGCCCAAAAACCUCUGAAGUAUAUAAAUAUGCACCAGCCUAUUAAUAUUUUUUUAAUAUUAAUCAGUACCACAGUUUUAUUGUCUGCCGUAUGCGCGUUCGGCUCUCUUGUUGCUGGAUCUUUUAAAAUACCUGCAUACUCGUACAUGCAUACAUAUACAGUACUAUCUCGAUAAUCCGGACACCCUUAAUGUUAGGGGUCGUCCGGAUUAUGGGGGUGCCCGGAUUAUAGAUGAUUUUUGUUUUUCAACUAAACGUUGUUUUUUUGAAAUGAACAUAACGCAAUUCCGAUAUAUGUAUGUACAUAAAUAGUUUUAUUAAAUACAGUACAAUCAUACUUACAUAAUAAUAUGUACAUCUGUACAUAAUCAAACAUUUUUUUUAUUUAGUAUGUACUAUUUCAUUUCACAUUUAGUCGCGAAUUUUCUAAUGGCAUCACGUUUCUUUUUUAUGUCAAAAACAGUAGAUUUGUUGACACCAAAUUCUGUUCCAAACCAUCUUAAUGAUUUUCCUUUAUCAAGGAGAUCUAAAAUUUCACAUUUUUUCUGAAGAGUAAGGGUUUUAUGAGCCCCUUUAUUAAAUUUUCCACUGCUCAUAAUAAUAAUGUCCACUCAAUUCAGUUUGUCACUAAAGAAUAAACACAACGCGUGAUUUAUGCUGUUGCAUUUCGUAUACAUAUAUUGUUGUUAAAGUACUGCUAUUUUGAGGAAAAACUCACAAAGCAAAUUAAAAAUUAAAAUACAUAUGUAUGUACAUAUUGCGAAGCAAAUUUGAAAAAUGUCCGGAUUAUAGAGUAAAAAAUGUUAAACUGUCCGAAUUAUGCAGUUGUCCGGAUUAUAGAUGUGACCGGACUACCGCGUGUCCGGAUUAUCGAGAUAGUACUGUACAUAUUUUUUAUAUCGCUUUAAUAAUCACCGGCUUCUGCAACUACGUACAUACACUCAGCAGAGUGUUAAUGCACACUCUCUGCAGUCAGUCUCGCUGGGCCAAUCGUAUGUAGUGCACGCAAAACUUUAUCGCGAAUGUAACUGUUCGGGUUGAAGCAACAUAAAAAAGUAUAUAUACAAGUAUAAAGAAAACCACGUUAAAAAGCGACUAUAACAAGUUUGCACGAAAAAAAUGUAUUAGCUUAACAAAUUUAAAACCAAAAAAACCAGUAAAAGUUGCUCUGAGGACUUUUAGAAGAAAACGAUAUAAAUAAAAAAUAAUAGAAUAAUAGAAAUUAACUAAAAUGAAAUAAGUUGAAAAUAGUUCAUAACUUAAUUAAAAGUCAUGUCAUUGGUGUUGAUUUUAUUUUUAACCUGCGCUCUCUGCUACUUCAUACGCGCCAAGUGGCAAAUUUAUGCUGUCGGCCGUCGCAUACCAGGACCAUGGGCUUUGCCAUUGGUCGGUAAUGUGCAAAUGUUAGAUAAAUUGAAGCCCGAAUCUUUAUUUCAAAGCAUCGCAGAUUUACGUUCUAAAUUUGGCGAAACCUACCGUUUAUGGCUCGGACCCGAAUUGUGGGUCUUUCUGCAUAAUCCAGAGGAAACGCGGGAAGCUUUGAAUGACCCGACACUAACGAGACCGGCAACUUUUCAACAGCUGAGCGUGUUGAUCGGCAAUGGUCUGCUGAUAAGUCAUGGUAAACAUUGGGAAACCCAUCGCCGCGCAUUAAGUCCCGCUUUUCAUCCACAUAUACUAAGCGGCUUCACACCUGCAAUAGCAAGGUAUGGUGAUGAGCUAGUGCGCAAACUACGCGCAACUGCUGGCAUGCCCAUAGAAGUAAGGGAGUGUCUCUUCGCCUGCACACUGGAUGCGAUUAUUGAAACCUCAAUGGGCAAGCAAUUGAAUUCGCUUACAGAUCCACACAACCGUUAUACGCACGCCUUUCACAAGACGAGUGAACUUCUUUUCAAACGCAUGAUAAACCCACUGCUGGGUUUAGACUUCAUAUUCCGACGCACGAAAAUGUGUCGCGAGCUGUAUGCAUCGUUAGCAGUGAUAAACGAGCUGAUGAUUUCGGUGAUUGACGCGCGUGUCGAAGCACUUCAACUGCAAGCAGAGUUUGGGCUGGAUUUGUCACCUGCAACCUCAGAGAACGGCAUACGCAAACAGCGUCGCACACUGUUGGACACACUAUUGACAGCUGAAAUUGAUGGGCAGAAGCUAACGAGGGCGGAAAUAUGCGACGAAGUGAAUACGUUUGUUUUUGCGGGUGUGGACACGACCACAGCGGCAAUGUGUUUUGUGCUUUACAGCCUAGGCAAAUAUCCGGCGGAACAACAAAAACUGAUAGCGGAAAUUGAAGAAUACUCAUUGCGUUACGCCGACCUAACCGUCGAUGCGCUCAAUCGUUUGGAAUAUUUAGAUCUUUUCAUCAAAGAGGUGUUGCGCUAUUAUACUGUUGUGCCUCUAACAGGGCGUCAGACUACCACCGACACUGUAAUCGGUGGUCGGCGCUACUGUGCUGACAUAACACUUUGGAUCAAUUUGUAUGGACUUGCACAUGACGAGAAAUAUUUUGAAUCGCCGGAGCUGUUUCGCCCGAUGCGUUUUGUGAAUACACAAAAUGAGCGUUUGCCUGCCUAUGUUUACAUACCGUUUUCGGGAGGACCACAUAUUUGCAUAGGCCGGAAAUAUGCAUUGUUGAUCAUGAAAAUCUUAACUGUUCAGAUUCUACGGAACUUCGAAGUGCAAUUGUCAAAUCCGAACGAAGUGUUGGUGCUGCAGGCACAAAUGGUUUUAAAAUCGCUACAAGGAUUUAAUUUAAUAUUCACGCCCAGGACAAUGGAGGGCUGAACAAUACUUUAUUAUAUCCGUAGCAUUUGUUUAAUAAAUGAGUAAAGAGUACACAUACGAAAAUA